AUGCGCUGUUCAACCUGUUUGGUCAAUGGAGCGUGCCUGAGGAUAGGUUGUGUUCCUGUUUUCUGGGUGAUGAGCCUGAGGCGCUCUGCCGCUGCAGGGUGUGAUCAUCUCCCGCAAAUGGUAGUCAGACAACCGGUAAUGGUUGAAAAGGGUAUAAUUGGCUUGAAGCACAGCAUUCAACUACUAGAUGCAGAGAGCCUAGUAUGGAUAGCAGCACUGGGUUGUUGCCAUGGUUCAUCUGAUGGUAGGACGGUGGCUAGAUACGCUCUAGGAAUACCUGCAUCUUGCUUUGAUCAAGAUGGAGCCAGUGAGUAA